CUUUUCCUCCUAAUAAUUCUGAAGACCAUGACAUACUAGGUAUGGCCGAUGCAGUUAGAGCACAAUAUAAGAAGGCUUGUGCUUUGUUAAAGAUACCUUCAAACAAUCCAUAUGAUGCAGGAGUCUCAUUCUAAAAGAAAAGAUUCAAUGAAAACAACAAUUCGUAGUCUAUGUCACAAUAUAGAUUCCAUAAUCAACUACCUUGCACCAUAUUUGCCACUGGUCAACUGUCAUAUGGUAGAAUUCCUAACAAAUGACCACUGGAAUACAUACUUGCCAAAUAAUUUAAAAGAAUAUCUCGAUCAGCUGGAUUUGAAUGAGUCACUGGAGCAGUUUUGGAAUGCUACUAACAGCUAUAAAGGCAAUGAACCGACUGAAUUGAGAAAAUGGAUAACGGAGGCCAGAAAACAUUAUUUGGAAGUCAAUAAUGACUAUUGUUUGUCAGUUGAACAGUUGAAUGAAAGGAUCAAGUCAUGGGGCGGGGAACUGCAGCCAGAGAUCAAGGUUAAAGAAUUUAUGAAUAACAAGAAGAGUUAUGAAGUACAAACAAUGGCACGUGCAGUGUCGUCUGUAUACUCGGCGGCAUCAGGCACGUGCUGCGUGGAGGCGGGGGGAGGCCGGGGACACUUGCUGACGACCCUAGCGCUCGGGUACCACAUACCCAGCCUCACUGUGGAUUGCGACCCGAAAACACUAAGUGCUGCUAUAAAUAGAGUCAAAGUUAUACAGAAACAAUGGCACGCCAUCGCCAAAAGGAUACACGACGGAGCCGAAGAGAAACCGCCUCACUUCAAUAAAGACCUCCAGAGAUUCGCUCAGGCUUUUAUAACCAAAGACACUGAUCUUGGAGGCGUCGUCAGAGAGAUGUUCCCAGAGUGUAAAGACUUGGAUACUAGGAUUAUUCUCACUGGUCUCCAUACUUGUGGGAAUCUUGGUCCGGACUCGCUUCGUAUCUUCACGGCUCGAUCGCAGAUAGCAGGCCUCCUCACGGUCCCGUGCUGUUACCACCUCCUCACCGAGGACUCAGACGUGGAACUCUUCGAUGUUUUCCAGAAGGAGUACGGAACUGGAGAGAGGACGCAGGGUUUCCCGAUGUCUGAGUAUCUGAGAGGCUACAGGCUGGGUCGCAACGCGCGCAUGCUGGCGGCGCAGUCCGUGGACCGCGUGCUGCACCAGCGCCAGCUGCCGGCCCACAGCCUGCUGCACCGGGCCAUGCUGCAGGUUGUCAUCAAGAAAUAUUUACCAAACACCACAUUAAAGGAAGGCAAAUUGAAACGCAUCUCGAAAUGCGACACCUUCGAACAAUACCUCAAGAUGGCCGACAAAAUUCUUAAUUUAAAUCUAAAUCUGCCCGAAACGUUCUACACAGAUACGCAAUUGUAUUUGGAUUGCCAGUGGAAAAAAAUGACUUUAUUUUAUUUAAUCAGACUGUGUUUGGCCCAAGUAGUGGAAAGCGUAAUAUUGUUGGAUAGAAUAUUGUUUUUGUAUGAGAACGGCUUCGAGAAAGUUUAUUUAGUUAAAUUAUUUGAUCCGGUUUUAUCGCCGCGCUGUCACAGUAUUGUUGCUUUAAGAUAAUAAAAAAAAACGCGUAGACUGAAGACGUUUAUAUUUAUCUCCGACAUUGAAAAUAUAAAAUAUCUUUAUCACAAAAAUCACUAUGUAAACGUUUAGUGUGAUUUUGUUAUUAGAAUCAUGAUACCCUAUAGACCAGUGAUUCUAAACGACUGUACCUCGCCACUUUAAAAUGAAUAUAUAUAUUUUUUUGCCUUAUAGGCAGACGAGCAUACGGCCCACUUGAUGGUGAGUGGUUAACGUCGCCCAUGGACUUCAGCAAUGCCAGAGGCAGAGCCAAGCUGCUGCCUACUGAUUAAUAUAACGUAUUUAUGCGUUUUCAAUUUAUCUUUUGUCUCGUUAAAUUUUACGAUCGUUAAAAGAGUGCCGCGGUGAAACAAAGGUUGAGAAUCACUGGUCUAGACAAAAAUUUGAAAUCAAGAAAUGGAAAAUUUAUAAAGACAUAUAAUAUUACAGAAUGUUGCCUGAUAUGUCUUUAUUAAACUACAGAACAAAAUUUGAACUUAUUUGAAAAUUUGAAUUUAUUUGAAAAGUUGAAAAAAUGAACAUCCGACCUUAUACAGCUUAUAUUUAAUAUCUAAAGACUCAUUAGGUAAUGGCAUAGUCUUAUCCUUUAGGCCAAGACGACUUCAUACCCUGUUGUUAUUAAGGUUCUGGAUUCUGGAUAAGGUGUCUCUUUCAGGAUUCUGGAAGGUUCUGGAUAAGGAUUUGAUCUACAUAUUAUACCGACACUUAUAAUGUAGGAACUUCUAUGUAAAUCUCCUCGCCAAGUAGAUGAUAUGUAUCAUUUACAUAUGUAGUAAAUUUAUAUCACUUAUUAAAAUAUUUGAUAUGUAAAUAAUAUUAAUGAAUAUAGUAUUUUUAUGUAUUCUAAGUGAUGUUAUGUAAUUUAUAUUAUUAUACUCUAAAUAAAAAAACAACUGCUUAAGAA